AUGUCGCGAAGAUACAUUUUCCCAUUAUUGGAAUCAGAGGAGAUACUGGAAUGCAUAGCGGGUUUGGGAAUUACAUUCAGUAAAAAAGAGUUAGCUCAGCCAACGUCUCAGGCUGUAAUUUCCUUAUGUGAAGAGUUCCUAGACAUGUUCAUGGGGCUCACUAGUCAAGAUUUGGAAGACAAGGCGAAUUCUCUACAGGAUACAAUCGAAAACUUUGAGAUUUUACGUGAAUCACUAAGAUUUAUGUUUUUCUAUAAGAUGGCAAGUCAGUUUAUGCAGAGUAUAUGCGUGGAUGACUUUUCUAUACAAGAUUUAAUUAAGCCUACUACCAAUCGGUUAAAACGAAUCCUUUCUGGUGUCAUUAAUUUCGCCAAGUUAAGGGAACAACAAUUAUUACUCUUUGAGCCCGAUAUCCAGAAACGGGAAAGUCUAAUUGAAAACUAUUCACUACUUAAUACCCAAAGACAAACCCUUGAACAGGAAGUUUUGCUAAGCCAAGAAAAACGAGGACAAAAUCAAGUUAUUAUUAAACAGAAUGAAGAAAGAAAUGAUCAACUUUAUCAGAAUCUCUUGGAAAUAAAAAGGAUCUGUUCGCAAACAAAAGCCGAAUAUGAUCAAAUAAAGCAGGAAGCACUCGAGCUGAAGGUAAAACACCUUGAAUUAGAAACUUUAAUUUCAAAUACAUUGCAAGAAACAGAACAAUUACAAUCUUCUAUUGUACAUUCCCCCGAAAAACUUCAAAUACGGAUUUUGGAUAUGUCAGAUCGUGUCCAGUUGGAUCGGACACAACAGUUUGAACUUGAUAAGAAAUCGAAAUAUCUUCAAUCAAAACUCAAUGAAUUGACUUUGACAGAAACUGAUUUGAGUGCGUGCGUAAAGAUAUUAGAAGAAUGUUUGGUCGAAGUGGACAAGCUUGAGCACGCUUCCAAUCUUCUAUCAUCAAAUCAAGAAUUGUGUGAACAAGUCGAUAUCAAUAAAAGGAAACUAGAUUUUCGUAAGGAACAGCUGUUGAAGCAGUUGUCAAAUGCACAAGAAAAGUUACAGCAUGAGCAACAAUCUAGAAACCAAAAAUUAGAAGCGGCAAAGCAAAGGAUGGAUCAGAUAAAGGAAGAAUAUCAAGAGCUGCUUCAGGUUAAAUCCCAAAAAGCCCAAGAAGCCGACCAAAAGCAAACAAUAAUUGAAAUGACAGAAAAGCAAAUGGCCGAUAUGAAAAGAGAACUGGAGUCGCAAAGUUCGCAGAUUAGCAUCGAAUUUGAAAAACUGAAAGCUCAUGUUGAGCUUUAUAUCGCUGAGCUCUUACACACUAUUCGCCGUUCGCAAUGA